AUGGGAUUACGAGAACAUCUGGGAAUGUCUGAGGAAGACCUGAAGGCUGCUGAAGUACUUGGUGUGCUAAAGAAAUCGCAACCAAAAUAUACUAAUGCAUUAAAUGGCUCAUCGAAGAGAAGGAGAAGUAUCAGUGAUGAUACGAACGAAUCUACGAUGGAGAGUAAUAGAGCGGUCAAGCCACGCAAUAAUACCACGGGCCAUUCUGGUACUUUAUUGAAUCGAAUGGUAAACAAUGUCGUCACGUUUUAUGAUGACUUCAAUGAUAGGAGGAGGGUUGCAUCAAUUGCAAGGUUACUAGAUGAUGCAUAUGAAGAUAACUAUACUAGUUCAGAAAAUGAUAGUGACAGUGGUAGCGAUGAUGAGAACGAAGAAGAGAUAGACGCAACUAAAGAAGCACAACAGGGCUUAAACGAACUACCUCAAAAGAAGCCUGAAGAGGAGGUAAAUCAUGUUGAACAUCCAAUGACAGAUGAAUCUGGAGCUGUAAUAUUGCCACAGGAUGAAAAUGAGGAGGAAAGUGAGGAAGAAAGAGUAUCAAAAAGGAAAAUUAUCUCUGAGGCCCUUCAAACUACUAGAGAUAACUUGAAGGAAUAUAAAUUAAAUAUGUCGAUCGAGUCUAAAAAGAGACUGAUAACGUGUUUACAUCUUUUGAAGUUAGCAAACAAACAAUUAUCUGACAAAGUGAUGAAUCUGCAGGCAAUGGUGAAGGAAGAAAAAACAGUUCCACGGAGGAGACGAAGGACAUUAACUAAUUCUCACGAUAGGCAUGGUGUGAGUCGUCACAGGCGUCAAAGAGCCUCUACAAUUAGUGGUGAAAGUACCAUGAGCGUUAAAACAUCAAAUAAUGAAAAAUUGAAGACCACACAGGAUGGGGUCAGUCCCAUGGGUGAGAAACAGCCUACACAUCCUAUAAAUGCCGAGAAAUCCGAAACUAGUGAAAGUGGUAGUGGAAGUGAGACUGAUGCCGAAGAGGACUACUAUGGUGGAGAUGAAGAUGAAGAAUUUUUUGACGCAUUCGAUUCCAACGAUUUUGAUGAGAAAUCUACUGUUAUAAAGAUGGAAGUUGUUGGAACCAUUAAAAAAGUAUAUUCUUUAAUUUCAAGCUAUACUGGCGAUUCAUUACCUGAACCUGCAAGAUCUCAAGUUAGAGAAAGCUUAUUGAAUUUACCAACAAAUUGGUUUUUAACUGCCAGUAAUACAUCCGGAAAUUCAAUGGAGAAUGUUUCAUCUGCAGGUUCAUCUGAUAAUCCGAACACUAGUAUAGGAACUCCAAAAUGUCAGGAUAAAGGUAUGACCAUCGAAGAUAUAAAUAAGAAAAUCAGCCGUGCAAGGAGUUCGUCAGCUGCAAGUGGAGGUGCUGACAGUAACCUUACACCAAACGGUAAAGUCUUAAUUCUAGCAAAGGAAUCUCUUGAUAUGGUCCAGAAUGUGAUGGAUGUAGUGGACUCAACUCUAGGUAAAGCUGAAGAGUGGGUGAAACAAAAACAGGAAGUUAAAGAAAUGUUCUUAAAAUCACUCCUGGAGAAACAAAGAAUGAAGGAAUCUAUUGACAUUCCGUUGACUCGACCACAAGAAGAAUCGACGAAAGAGAAUUAA